AUGAAAUAUUUAAUUCCAUUUUAUUUUAUACUAUUGAUAUCAUUCAUUACUAUUAUUAAUGUAAAUUUGGCAAAAAAACCAUCAAAAAAACCAUCAAAAACAACAAAAAAAACAACAAAAAAACCAACAAAAAAAACAACAACAACAGCAAAACCUAGAUAUGGUUGGAGAAGAUUUAAUGUAGAUUAUCAAGGAACUAUGGUAAAAAGAAUGGGACUAGAAGCGGUAGCAUUUUUCAAUUGUAUACAUCCAAAUAUACCAACAUUGCAUUAUAAAAGCAUUGUAGAUGGUGAAAAGCGUGGAAAAAGAGAGAAAGGAAACAAACAAAUUAAACUAAUAAUUAAGGUUUUAAGAUAUAAUGGUCCUUCAACAAAGGAUCAUCCUAUGUGUCAUUACCUUCAUGCAAUAUUUAAUGUAACAACAACUGGUAUAAAAUAUGUAAUUCAACAAAGACAAUAUGAUUUACCUAAUCGAUUUGACUGUGCUAAAGAAAACUAUGACACAUUAAAUUCUUUACAAAAAAUGUAG